CAUAUUUUUCUCAUACGUCGUGUGGCAAACGUCAACAAUUGAUAAACCACUCACUUCUAAAAAAUAAUAAUCAAGUUCUAACUCCACACAAAAAUAUUUUUGAGUAUUAGUUGUGUGUGAUAUAUUUUAGAUGGUAAAAUGAAUCGCUCCGAAGGAUUGGUGCAACGAAGAAAUGUUCUAAAGGAUAACAAUUCUGAUGGAACACCAAAAGAGAACCAUGACGAUGAUAAGAAAAACGAUAAAAACUAUGAUGAUGGCGACUCAAAGGAAACUCGUUUAACAUUGAUGGAAGAAGUUUUACUAUUGGGAUUGAAGGAUAAAGAGGGUUACACAUCGUUUUGGAAUGAUUGCAUAUCUAGUGGCUUAAGAGGAUGUAUACUAAUUGAACUAGGACUACGAGGCCGCGUAGAAUUAGAAAGAGCCGGGAUGAGAAGAAAGGGAUUGUUAUCUAGAAAAGUUAUAGUGAAAUCAGAUUCACCAACUGGUGAUGUUUUAUUAGAUGAAGCUUUGAAACAUAUGAAAGAGACUGAUCCGCCAGAAACUGUACAAAGCUGGAUAGAGUACUUGAGUGGUGAGACUUGGAAUCCAAUGAAGCUGAAGUACCAACUGAAGAAUGUCCGAGAGAGACUUGCAAAGAAUCUAGUGGAGAAAGGAGUUCUUACUACGGAGAAACAAAAUUUCCUACUCUUUGAUAUGACCACACAUCCUUUGACAGACAAUGUUAUUAAAUGUCGCUUAGUUAAAAAGGUACAAGAGGCGGCACUGCGGCGGUCUAUCAGUGACGUGGCGCACGCAGACAAGCGGUCACUGGCGCUGCUGAUGCUGGCACACUCCGCUGAUGUACUGGAGAAUGCGUUCGCACCGCUGUCAGACGAGGACUACGAGCUGGCGACGCGGCGUGUGCGAGCACUGCUCGAUCUAGACUUCGAAGCUGAGGCCAUGCGCCCUGAUGCCUGCGAGAUAAUGUGGGCUGUCUUCGCCGCCUUCACUAAAUAACAGCCCGAGGACAAGUCUGCAGAAAAGCACCAGAAACAUAUGGCUAUUUCUGCUCGGAUUCGAUACCAUACAAGAGAAGUUUGAAAGACAUUGAUGUGAGUUUUGUUUGUCUUUGGUGAUAUAAUUGGCAUCAGAAAUGUGGUAUAUAAAAUCGUGCCAGUAUUAAACAUUCAAUAUAUGUAUAUAUUUUCAUUUGGAUAAACAUAUUUAAUAUAUUUAUUAAAUAUUUUCUCACAUAUGGUACUAAUUAUGUUGAUUAUUCACCGCAUCAAAACUUAGGAGUGCAAGUUAAACUGGCACAAAGAUAUAUUUAGUUAAAUUGAUAGAUAACUGUUAGAUAUAAAUUGUAUAGAUUAAAUAACUAUGGUAUGUUUAUGUCCCUUUUUGUUAUCUUUUAUGCAUAUAUAAUUUUUUCUAGAAGUUUCUUAUGCCGGUAGACUUAAAGAUUUGUUCCUUAAUGAUCAAAUCUGUACAUGUUUACAUUGU